GUUUGGCUGAGUAAGGUCUUUGAGAUUCGUCCUCACACUAGAGGGCAGUCUAAAGCUGUUGGACCUGAUCUGGAGGCUGGUAGUGAAGUCACGGGAAGCGAGAUGAUGCCUCAUGCUCUUCUGCAGACACACGAGGGCAGCAGAACUGGAGGUACUCGGACGAAGAGCAUGAAGAGUGGUCCUCACAGUCGAUCCUCUGAUAAAACAGGAGGAGGAUCAGUAUCAAGAGGAAGAGGAGGUGGGAGGACAUCAGUCCUCUCGCUUCCAGUAAGCCUCCUCAAUCUCGUGGAUGACCCGAGUCCGAUCUGCCUCCUCAAAAAUGUGGAGAAGAUUUUUUCGGAGCUUGAGCAUCAUCAGGUUGAGUUGAACAGAAUGCAGAGCAACAGUGCCAUUGGUUCAUUCCUUGAUGAAGUAACAAAGUGGCAAAAACGUUUGCACCUCAUCGAAGCUGUGUUGGAAGCUUGGGUGAGCGUGCAAAUGAAGUGGGUACAACUUGAUGACGUGUAUUCAGGUGCUGAUGUACGAACUGCACUUGCGCAUGAAGCAAACAUGUUUGCUGUGAUGAGUAAAGACUUCAGAUUACUGAUGAGAGCUACAGAGAAAAACACAAAUGUUCUCCAGAGCUGCUCCAGAAAAGGUCUUCUUCCAAUGCUUGAGAAAAUGGAUAUUAAAAUGGAGUCGUGUCGUCAUGCGUUGCUAGGCAACCUGGAGCGACGACGUCAGCGUUUCCCCCGUUUCUACUUCCUCUCACCCGAAGAUGUAAUGAACAUUGUGUGUUUUGGAUACGACCUCGAUGCUGUUAAUAAGUACUUGUGCAAGAUUCUUCCCCAUCUUGGUAAACUUGUAUUUGAGGAAGUUACAAAACCCACAAACUUGACACCACCGCCACGCCAUACAUCGGCUAGCCCUAAAAAAAAAUAUAAGGUCACUGGUGUAUCGAGCUCUGCUGGUGAGGUCAUGACCUUUCAUCGACCACUUGUUUACGAAGGCCCCAUGUCACUAUGGUUACCCCAGCUACUAAUGUCCAUACAAGCUACUUUACAGGAAAAUCUGCACAUAGCUUUGGGCAAUGAGGCAAGACCUGCUCAGAUCGUUCAAACUUUACGAAGCGCUGGAGCGUCUCGCGUUCGAAUCAGUCGUCCUUCGUCUGCAGUCUCACAAAGGUCCGGCUCUGAUAAUAUCCCUCGUGUGGCGGUAACUGCCGCACAUCAAACAUCGGACACAGAAUCGUUAGCGAGUGGUAAAGGCCUCCCAAUGCUUGAUGAGAAGCCCUCUACUAUGGCCACCCAGCUUAGCACAACACUUGGAGCUUCUAUUGAGCCGACCCAGGUCUCAUGGACUUUAGACAACCCCACACAGAUAGUGUUGCUUGCCACCACAGUGCAGAUGAAUGGGAGCAUUCAAGAUGCGAUUGAAAAAACUUCUAAAGGAGAUGACUUGGCUUUAAUAAAAGUUGCUGAUCUUAUUAACAAUCAACUCAGUGAAGCUGUUAUCAUGUUAAAGGGUAUGGAAGAUGAGAGAGCAGUGAGGCUGAGAAGUGCAAAGAAAAAGGGGACUUCUCAUGGAAGAGAACGUAACGAAGAAGGGGGAAAAGUUGAAUCAGAUGCAUCAGAAUCUAUAAGGGCACCUUCAACUAGAUCCAUGUUAGAUGACGACAUGGAAGGUGCAGAUGACACGUUUAAUGAAGAUGCAUUGGGAGGAGGAGAUACAGGAGGAGGGCCGAUAAACACGAUGCAGAGUUUGCUCUUCACUGAACAAGUGAGAUCUGGAUCAAGAGGAACGAGAGGAGACAUAUUAGAUGGGGAUGCGAAUGAACUUAACAACCAGGAUGGCACAGAAGUUAGCAACCAGCCUGAUGGAAAGUUGCUUCUCUUCCCUUCCCAAAUACAGAAAAUAUCAGGCUUGAUAAGCAUUAUGACACAACAGAGGGAUGUAUGCCAUCAUAUGCGGAAAUCCAUUUUUAAUGGUUCAAGUGGACGUACAGAUCCAAACGAGUUAUUUGAAUGGAAAAUGAAACUGCACCACAAAUACAAUCCUGAUAAUAUGGAAGUGAAGGUUCAUGUCAACCAGUGGUGUUUUGAUUAUGGCUUUGAAUAUCAAGGCUCUGCAAUGAGAUAUGUUGUAAGCCCAAGUUGUGACCGUGUUCUGCUCUCCAUGUGUCAAGCUAUGCAAACCAACACUGGUGUUGCUAUUUCCAAUUCAUCAACCAUGUCUGGUGCACCAGAGUCUUUAUGUGAACUGUCAUUCCAACUAGGACGAGCUCUUUAUAAUGUUGUGUGCACUCAGUCUGUUGAUCAUUACAUGCUAGGUAAGGAUUUGUAA